AUGGAGAUUGAGUCUCACUACCGGCAACUCCUGCGGGAGCUGGACGAGCAGCGACGCCAAGGCAUCCUGUGUGACGUGAGCGUGGUGGUGGAGGGACGCCCUUUUGCUGCACACAGGAACGUGUUGCUGGGCAGCAGCCGCUACUUCAAAACACUGUACAGCAGCUGGACAGAGGCGGAGCCAGAGCCGGUGCCAGGGGGAAACCCUAACGCUGUCACGCACCUGGACAUUGUCACUGCUAGAGCCUUCGAGGCCAUCCUGGACUUCAUGUACUCGGCCCGUCUGGUGCUCACAGGCGCCAAUGUCAUUGAGGUGAUGUCGGCCGCCAGCUACCUGCAGAUGACAGAUGUAGUGCAGGCUUGCCACGCCUUCAUCCGGGCCACCCUGGAUAUCAGCCUCCGCUCCAGACUGGUCAAAAAGCUGGCUGAGGUCGACGUGAACUCAUCGCUUCCGUCAUCAGCAAUGUCCGGCAGUAAGACUUCCUCCUUGUUAGCACCGAGGACUGACCCAGACAAGUCCUUGGAUGACUCGCUCAUCACCAGCAGCCAAAAGGGCAGUAGGGUCCUCAGAAGGGUCAAGCAAGGGAAAUCCAGCCAUACAUGCCAGGAGGAAGCCUUAAUGCACACCUUGUGGGACCAGCCCACCAAGACCAUAGGGGAGCAGACUUCCCCCAGCAGCCCGAGGGGCAGCCAAGGCCAACAUCACAUGGCUUUCCUGGGGGAGCUGGCCCAAAGGCAGGCUGCAGGCUCCAAGAGGCGGAAGAACCGCAAGAACAAGGACACGGUGCGGCACAUCACAGAGCAGGUGGAGUGCGGUGUUGGUCCGAGCGAGCUGUCGAUGUUCGCUCUUUUAUCUGCUUCUGGCUUAAGCAGCAGCAACCGAGAAACCUCAGGUGCUCGCACUGCAGCAGAUGAGCAGCUUCUAUCAGGUGUCCGCACUGAUGAGGGAGACCCCAGAGAGGAGGAGGCAUGGUCAGCAAGGGGCUGGGAACACCAUCACCUGCAAGGGGAGCUCUCUGGCACUAACGGAAUUCUGCCCCUCCACCGCUCACUGCUGGGUGCAGACCCCACCCUGUCCUUGGAGCAGACGCCCAGCGGGGGGAACGUGUCCUUGCCCCUGAUUCAGAACAUUUUCAAAGUGACAAGAAGAGGUGACAAAAGGAACAGAGUAAAAGUACUUGAGCGAAAGGAAAAAGUCUCUGUGCCAAGAAGCACAGAGAAAAGUACAAUUUCUCCAAAAAAGGGUAAAAGUAGCGCAUUACUGCCCGCCUCCAUUCAAACAACUCCAUGGCAACGGUUCCAACAACUACGGCCCCCACUGCCCAGUUCCCGUCACCUCCCUCCUCCUCUCUCUGCUCCGUGCGCAGCCACUGACUGCGCAGUCGGCGGCAGGAAGUUCCACUGCCCCUGCUGCAGCUUUUCGGCCGUGCACCAGUGCAUCCUGCGACGACACCUGCGCUCGCACACGGGCGAGAGGCCCUACCCCUGCGCCACCUGCGGCAAGACCUUCACCCGCCGAGAGCACAUGAAGAGGCACGCGCAGGUGCACAGCAAGGACACGAAGUUCACCUGCAAGGUGUGCGGUCAGAUGUUUCCAAGCGCAGCCGCUGUGGGCGUCAGGCGCGGCUCUCGCCGGCACGCCGUCUGCUCCUCCUGCUCUGGCUCCAACGGCCAACGGGGGUCGCCGAUGCACCCAGAGGACACAGAGACGGCGGAACAGGAGGAGGCUGACAGCGGCUGGAAGGACAACUCAGGAACACCUGCGGAGGAGGAGCCGAAGGAAAGAGAGGAGAGAGGGUAGAGGGACGGCGAUUUCCUCAGGGUUUCCAAGUGGAAAAUAACCGGCGGUCCAGAGGGCGGUGACACUGACCAAAGCGAAGAGCGCUGUCCCCCGUCCUAUGGGACACUGCGCAUGCUGGACUCGUUCCAACUAUUACGUGUUUCUUUUAAUUUCGUCACCUUAACCGUUUCCAUGAUGCAGAAUGGUUGAAGACCACCAAGGGGCGAGAGACGGUGACAGCCGAUGGCGCCGUCCUCCCUCUCGUCUCUUGCUGGCGCUCAAGGCUCCCAACAAACCGCUCUGUCUCACUGCUCGAACCUCAGGCCACUCCAGCACCCCUUGGAGCAUGCAGUGUCUUAUUUCCUCGAUUUAUGCUACCAAAAUCGUGCAGUUUUGGAAUCCAUAGCAUUCUGAGCCGUUUUUAUGGUCUUUUUAUCACACACAAGCCAUUCAGAAGCACAUUUCCAGAACCUUCUUUGUCCAUGUUUAUUCACAGAGCUUGUUUUGAUAUACAUCUAUACACAAGAUCAAGAUGAUUGAUUAGAUUUUUUUCAAAAUUUUCCUGUUACUAAUGGAAAACUGCAACAAGAGUGACACAAUGUGUGUGUUGCACUGAAACUGAUGCAGAAAACAGCCUAAUAUUCAUUUUCAGCUCUUUAAUGUUACUCUCAGUGAGUUUCUGCCUUUGUGGGUAUGGAGUCACGUUGAAGCUGAAGACGAAUCUGAAGGUACUGCUGUACCUGUGGACACUUCACUAGUGCCCCCCACUGGACACAGCGCAGCCAUGCACUGCUUGGAUCAACCUGAACUGUCACGCUGAGUGUGACAGGGUACACUCCGGACGGGACGCCAGUCCAUCGCAAGGCAAUCUCACACCCACGCGCACACACACACACACACAAUCAAGAGCAACUUAGAGUCACCAGCUGACCUGCGGAACGACUGUUGGACAGUUUUCAAGGUCCUUUUCAUCUGUAAUAAUUUUAUUUAGCUUUGACAUUAUGUUUAUAU